AUGCUAGAGGCUCACUUCAUCAUAUUUCUUCUCUGGGCAGUGAUGCAGUCCCUCACUGGGGUCUUUGCAAAUGGCAUCAUCUUGGUGGUGAGUGGCAUCGCCUUGGUGAGGCAGAGAAGACUGGCUUCCCUGGAUCUGCUCCUCUCCUGCCUGGCGACGACUAGGAUCUGUAUGCAGGUGCUCAUCUUUAGYGUCCAUCUGGUUGCUCUCUCCUUGGUGAAAGAGUCUGUGUUUAUUGAUAAUUUUCUAAUUUUCAUGUCUGUAAAUGAACUGGGGCUUUGGUUUGCCACGUGGCUUGGCGUUUUCUACUGUGUCAAGAUCGCCACCAUUCCACACCCUAUAUUCUUCUGGCUAAAGAUGAGGAUAUCCAAGUUGGUGCCGUGGCUGAUCCUGGGGUCUCUGCUCCACUCAUUGAYCAAUUCUGGCCUCCAAAGCAAAUAUAUGUGGCCAUUUUACAAAGGAGUCAUUGAGAACUAUUUCUCCAAAAAUAGGACUAAAACUGAAGACACACCUUCUGAACCAUUUUAUAUUUUCAUUGCGGGACUCUUGCCACCAUUACUUAUCUUCCUCGUUGCGGUUCUGCUCUUGGUUUUCUCCCUGGGAAGACACACUCAGCAGAUGAGAACCAUGGGCACCAGGGACCCCUGCAGGAAUCCCCACGUCAACGCAUUGCUCUCCAUCCUGUCAUUCCUAAUCCUCUACUUCUCCCACUACGCAAUGACUGUUUUGUUCUGUGCUCAAAUUGUGCAGUUUGGAAGCUUCCUCUUUCUGCUCUGCUUAAUGAUUGCUGGUGCAUUCCCUGCUGGACACUCUAUCAUCUUAAUUUUAGGAAAUGCUAAACUGAAACAAAAUGUAAAAAUGUUCCUCCUCCGUGGUAAAUGCUGCCAAUAA